UCCGUGGCUCCCCGAGAGCGCACAGGCAGUGACCUCACGGCGCCAUAUUAAAAUGCUUCCUCCUCUUCCCCUGCCUGUGAGGUUGUAGCUUAGCAGCCGCAGCUAGCCGCCAGUCUGCUUUUUACAUACUGACAGAGGGCAACGACGUGAUGGAAAUUGAUUCGCUUCAAGAGGCUCUCAGAGAUUUCGAUAAGAAAGCAAAGAAGGAGCCAUCUCCUCUUCUGGAGCAGUUUCUGUGCCAUAUCGCCAAGACUGGAGAUACCAUGGUUCAGUGGUCUCAAUUUAAGAACUACUUUCUGUUUAAAUUGGAGAAAGUGAUGGAUGACUUCAGGGCCUCAGCACCUGAGCAAAGAGGUCCUGCAAAUCCCAAUGUGGAGUCAGUUCCUUUUGAAGAUAUGAAGGAGAGAAUUCUGAAGAUUGUGAAGGGAUACAACGGAAUCCCAUUUACGAUCCAGCGCUUGUGUGAGCUACUUACAGAACCCAAGAGGAACUACACAGGAACAGAUAAGUUUCUUCGGGGGGUGGAGAAGAAUGUAAUGGUGGUAAGCUGUGUCCAUCCAACCUCAGAGAAAAAUGGAUGCAGUGCUGUCAAUAGAAUGAAUGGAGUGAUGCCUCCUGGGAAUGCAUCUGCUUUUACAGAGAGGAAAGUGAAUGGUCCAGGAACUCCGCGACCACUGAACAGACCGAAGGUUUCUCUGGCCCACUCACUAACAGCCAAUGGUCUGCCAGACAGCACAGACAAAGACAUCAACACAGACCCAGAAGAAGACAAAGAUUCCAGCGAGGUUUCGGCAUCGGGGGGUUCUCCAGGGAGCUCGGUAAAGAACAAACACCCAGACACUGAAGAGGACAUGGAAGCUGACCAGCAAGAGGUGAAGAGACUUAAGUUCAGCAGAGAUGAGGAGGAAGAAGAUGACGACGAGGAGGAUGAAGAGGAGGAGCAUGAAGUGGACACGUUGAGGCCUUCGCAUACCACCUGCCACUCAAAAGAAGCAGAAGCCAUGGUCCAAGAAGAGGAAGACGAGAAGGUCACAUACAGCAAGGAGGAGGAAACCUCCAACAGUGCUGCUGCUACUGAAGACCAAGAACCAACUAGCAGCACAGCGGCCGAUGCAUGUAGUACAGGCUCGGACCAGGAGGCGGAGCAGGCCGAGAGGGAGGUGCCGUGCGGUUCUGAGGAGGAGGGCAGCGACAUGGAUCAGACAGAGCAGCAGGCACCCACAGGUGUCCUGGAAAGCCCCGAAACCAGCAGGGACAGUGAGGAGUGCAACAGUGACCCAGUCAGCAGCAGCAGUAGCAGCUGUAGCUUAGAGGAGAGAGCAGAAGCGGCCAGAGAAGAUGUAGCUCUCACUCCCUCCAGCAGUACAACUGAACCUCCUACAGAGGGCGAUAUGGGAAGUGCCAUCUUAAACACUGGGACCACCGAGGAGCCUAUGGAGCAGGACUAGACUGAGAACCUCCCCCUCCGUUUGCAGCCAUGUGUGACCAUAAACCAGCUUGUCCUUGACUCCAGCUGACUGUCACUGGGAAUGAGGACAACUGCACCUCAAACACAAGAACGCCUCGUUACGCUUUUGGACACUCCUCCAAAAUGGCUACCUGGCACUGAUGUGGGCAUCCAAAAAAAAAUUCUUUUUUUUUUUUCUUUUUAACUGGAAUAUUUUAUUGAUCUUCCUCUCUUCUGUUUUUACGUUUGUUUUUAGGUUUCCCUUAAAAGGGGUUGGUUUCAGCAGCUGUCUAUUUGUUUAUGUCUCUCUCACUGGGGUUGUUUGAGCUCUGUGGUGGUCUGGUCGUUAAUGCCACUCACUCCAGCCAUUUCAACAUUAUUACAGGAUUGGUAGUCUUUAACUGUAGUGUAGCACACUGCCAGGGUCAGAACAGAACAGAGCUGUAUCAGACCUUCAUUAUUUAAGAAUUUCAAAUGUAAGCUAAAACCAGCAUAUCUGUUCCUGACCUCAGUUUCGGCACCCAGCUGACCACCGUGUGUUCCACCAGGUUGUUUAAAGUUCACCUCUCCAUCCCCAUGAGAUGGGGGAUUGUUUUUCCCUUAUCCUAUUAUAACACCCCCACCCUCCCCCCAACAAAGACAAUACACUACCAAUCCUACUGAACAGUACUAUGAUGGUCUACCUUGUAGAGGCGAACUUUGUAAAAUUACAUAUUUCGGAUGCAUAAAACCAACAUAAUUUAUAUGAUCAUUUAAAUUCAAUGAGUUAUUUUGACGUAUGUUUGUUUUCGUUUCGUUUUGUCUGCCAGUUGUAGUUUCCAAAAACCAGCUGUAAGUACAAAGAUGAGAUGCUUUCUUUGUAUUGUGAUGUCACCAUGUUGUUUCACCAACCAAUAUCCAGAUCAGUUUUCUGGUUCCAGUUCAACACUUGUUUCUGCAGCUGUAAUUUUUGAUAUUUAGAAUUUUAAAUUUCUGUAAAGUAGAUUUUUUUGUAGAUUGUAAUACGGUAUGUGUUCACUGCCUUUGUGAAACCAUAUAUAAUUGUAUAAUUUCUGUGUAUACUCUGAAUGCUUUUGCUUUCAAUGCAGUAUUCAGAAACAGCAAUAAAUGUUAACAUUUUUAUG